AUGUUUCAAAAUAAAUUUCUCUUCUUUUUUUAUUUUGUUGUUACCUUCGUUUCUACUGCCAAUGUAGUUGCCCAAGGAUCUGGUAAUACGCCUGUUUCCAUCCAAGUUCCAAUUACUCCAGAAAUAGUUAAACAAUUAGGAGAAAUAAUAUCUGCUAAAGGUCCGACUCCUUCUAUGGAUUCGUCGCCUGCUAAAGGUAUGAGUCCUUCUGUAGAUAUAUCGACACCUACCGAUCAACCUGAAAGUGAGGAGACUCCUACUGACAAUCCUAAAGACAAUCCUAAAGACAAUCCUAAAGACAAUCCAAAAGACAAUCCAAAAGAAAUUUCUAAAGACAAUCCUAAAGAAAUUUCUAAAGACAAUCCUAAAGACAAUCCCAAAGAAAUUUCUAAAGACAAUUCUAAAGACAAUUCUAAAAGCUUGGGAGAUUCAUCUAAUAUACCCAAGGGUGCGACCAAACAAAAUGUAGCAACUAAUGUUGGUCCAAUUAAAAGUCCUUCACCUUUACCGAGUAACGCGCCUGUUAGUCCAUUACCUACUCCGCAACAAAAUGUUAAAAAUCCACCUCCCCCAACAGUCUCUCCAUCUCCUAUUGCAUCCCCUAUUCCUAAAGUUCCUUUACCUACUACUUCUCAUCAUUUACCAUCAACUUCAACCUCAAAAAUAUCUCUUGCUGAACAUACUUCUAUUGAAAAUUUCUUUUUUGUGAUUUUUACUACAUUUCUUUGUUUUUUCAUUGGAAAUUUUAUUAUUUUUGUUUAG